AUGGAUAUUUUAGCAGGAGGAGACGGCCCUGCCGAAUUGCGACAACUGGAGUUGAAUGGUGAAGUCGGACUUGACAGCCUACCGUAUCAGUUAAUGAAACGAUCAAUUCAUGAAGGUUUCGUUUUCAACAUCUUGUGCGUAGGCGAGUCAGGAAUCGGAAAAUCAACAUUAAUGUGCUCUUUGUUCAACAACAACGACUUUGAUUGCACACCAAGUUCGCAUUUUCACCCCGAACUGAAACUAAAAACAAAAACCUACAGUCUCCAGGAAUUAUGUACAGAUUUGACACUUACGGUUAUAGAAACUGAGGGGUAUGGCGAUCAAAUUGACAAGGGGCAUAACUUUCAACUAAUCGUAGACUACAUUGACGAUCAAUUUGAAUACCAUCUACAAGAGGAGCUGAAGAUAAAGCGGUCCAUCCACACGCAUUUGGACACUAGAGUCCAUGUCUGCUUUUACUUCAUAGCUCCAUCCGGUAGAGGACUGAAGUACAGUGAUGUGGUCUGUUUGAAAAGUUUGCAUCAUAAAGUUAAUAUUGUGUUGUUGAUUGCUAAAUCCGAUAUUAUUAUGAAGGAAGAACUGGAGGCUUUUAAACGGAACAUCAAUAAUGAGCUAGCGAGAGAAAAAAUAAACAUCUAUUGUUUUCCCUUCGAUGAGGAGGUGCUAGGUGGAAUACUUCCAAAUAACAUAUCUCCUUUCGCUGUAAUAGGGAGUCGGGACUUUCUUGAUGUAGAAGGAGAGUCUGUUCGUUGUCGGUGUUACCCUUGGGGCACUGUUUUCGUUGAAGAUGAACGGCACUCUGAUUUUGUAUAUUUGCGAACGUUACUUAUGCAAAGCAGCUUGGAAAAUAUGCGGGAAACGACCCAUAAUGUCCAUUAUGAACUGUUCCGCCAAGGUCGCCUGAAACAGAUGACCCGUUCAUGGGAAUGUGGAGAUAAUACCAGUUUGACAGAGUUUUAUAGGCAAGAAAGGGAAUGGCUUCGAAACGAUUUGAAAGCAAGAGAGGAGAAACUUAGGAGUGAUUUCGUGGAAAAAGUGAAGAGGCGUGAAGAAGAAUUUCAAAGAGAGGAAAUGAUGAUGUUUUCUAAAUACAAUUCUAUAUUUAGAGAAUUGGUCUUACAAGAAAACGAACUAAAAGAGAAAAAGCAGAAUUUGCAAAAAGAGAUAGUGGCUUUCAGACAGCGAGUGAUGACUAGCAACUGCAAGCAGAGAGUUCCUAGCACUUAUAGUAAAUAA